ACCCAAGGCCCCAGAGAGGGAGAAAAGCGUGUGGAAAGGAGGGACCGCCAACAGAAGGCUGUGCAUCGGAAGGGCCUUGUCACUGGCACCUGUGCCAGCCCGGCGCACACGUGACUCGAGGAGAACGCCCCGGGGGAUCGGGGCUCACCUGGGCCCACGUGACGGGACGCGAGCCACCCCCGCCCGCCUGAAGGGAAGCGCUGCUGCUACUCAGCCGCGUCUCCCCCACCCCCCACUCCCUUCCUUUCCUUCCCCUUCCCUUGCUUUCCCUUCCCCGCGCGCCUUCUCCGCGCGCGGAGAGCAGCAAUCCCCGCGCCAGCCUGAGCGGUGGCAGCACUGGCAGCCGUGGAGGCGGGCGCCGCGCAGCCUUUGCACACCCAGCAGGGGUAAGCCACAGUAGCUGGAGCAGCAGCAGUAGCUAGAGCAGCAGCAGCAGCAUGUCUGCAGGCGGAGCGCCCAUGCCACCGACCCCCAACCCCGCUGUGUCUUUCCCUGCGCCCAGGGUCACCCUGCCCGUGGGACCCGAUAUCCUCCGGACCUAUUCGGGAGCCUUCGUCUGCCUGGAGAUUCUGUUUGGAGGACUUGUCUGGAUUUUGGUAGCAUCUUCCAAUGUGCCUCUACCUCUGCUACAAGGAUGGGUGAUGUUUGUAUCAGUGACAGCUUUUUUCUUUUCCCUCCUCUUCCUAUUUGUGUUCCUUUCGGGCAUAGUGAAUAGAAUUGAUGCCAACUGGAACUUCUUGGAUUUUGGUUAUCAUUUUGUUGUGUUCGUUUUUUACUUUGGAGCUUUUCUGUUGGAAGCAGCAGCUACUUCCCUGCACAACUUACACUGCAAUGUGACCCUAAAUGUACAUCCACUUUUGAAUAACAACCAGUAUAAUAUAAAUGUAGCAGCUACGAUUUUUGCCUUUGUGACAACAGCUUGUUACGGUUGCAGUCUGGCCCUGGCUUUACGAAGAUGGCGACCAUAACACUCCAGAUCAGUUAGCUCUCCAUGUUCUACUUUAGUUUGUGUACUUUUUAUGCGUGAGAACAAUUUGGGUAACAUGUUGUUUUAUCUGUGAUACAUUCCCAAAGUCUUUUUGUGUAUGGAGAUACUCUGUGAAAAAAGUUUUCAUUCACUUCCUAGGUGGAAUUUACUUUUAAAAAUGAUUUUAACAGUUGAAGAACCUUUCAGCACAGUUAAGUUGGCUAAUUACUAUUAGAAACCUGCACUUUAAAAAUAAUAAUCGGGGCAGCUAGGUGGUACAGUGGAUAGAGCAUCGGCCAUGGAGUCAGGAAGAUCUGAGUUCAAAUGCGGCGUCAAACACUUGACACUUACUAGCUGUGUGACCCUGGGCAAGUUGCUUAACCCCAAUUGCCUCACCCCCCGCCAAAAAAAAUAAUAAUAACCAAUGGGUAGAGGCAGCUUGAAGAGAUUUGGGUUCAGAAUCCCACCUUCAAUAUUUGCUAGCUUGUAACCAUGGGAAAAUUGCUUAACUGCUUGGGCCCUCAGUUGCUCCUUUUCUAAAACAGAAAUAAUAUUUGUAGUUCCUGUCUCACUGGGUUCUUUUAAGGAUCAAAUGAGAUCUUGUAUUUGAAGUGCUUUGUAAAUCUUAAAGCACUAUGUAAAUGCUAGCUAUUAUUAUGAAUAUCAUUAGCUAUUAAGUGUUGUCUCUUAAAUAUAUAUGGUCACUGGGAUCCCCCAGACCUUAUUUCUUUUUUUUUGCUACCUUCUAAGUCUCCCUACACAAUAUGCUUUAAACUAAACAGAUAUCAAAUAUUUGCCUCACUCUCAUAUAUAAAAUCUCAUGUAUGUGAGAUUUUUUUAUAAAACCUGAACAUAGGAUGUAUGACUCAAGAAAAGCUUGAUUUCCCCAAGCCAUAUGUAAAACUUGGUCUCAUUACUUUUUCUUCAUAUUUCCUGGGUGUUAGACUGUCAAUUGUUUUCCUGUUGAAGACAUAAUGAGUCUUCCUAGCCACUUAGGAUACUAUUUUGGUUACUUGAAAAGCUCAUAUAUGAAAUGAACCAGAGUUCUCUGCCAAAGGAAUUUCUUUUCUUCUUGCCCCUAGCUAAAGUGAGGCCCUCACACAUGUUAAUGCACACUGGAACUGAUAUCUAGCUCCUUAAGUUUUUUUCUUUCAUUUAGAUUUAUUUAUGUCUUAAGAUAUAUUUCAGUGUAUUGUGUAAAUGUUUGUGCAUGAAUGUGGUAUUUUUCAAAAUUGUUUACUUUUAUUCUGAAUAGUUUUUUUAUUUUUCUGAAGCUGAAU